CAUCAUUUGUUGUUUAGUUUUAAUACUUACGAAAAGAAAUGUAUACCCUUUCUUAUAUAUAUUUAGGCAGCCUUUUAUCACAUACCUUAUUGUCAUUUUGUCUUUUUCUUUUAUAUUACAAUAGCAAAGAAAGAAUGAUGCGUUUAGCGCAUAAGCAUGCAAAGCGUCCAAGAAGAACGCUCUCAUAUAAUCACAUAAUAUAUUGUAUCAUACAUCUCACUCACUCCUCUAGUAAUCCAUAGUCAUAGGACUAUAAGAUAUUAUUCACAUUACAAUCGGUAAUUCAGUCUACCGCUUAUGAGUUCCUAUUUGCACAUACUUUUUGGGUACACACGAAAUGGAGAAUAUAUGUACAUAUAUAACGAGUUUAGCAGUCUAGUAUAUUGUCAAAGUCUGUGGUGGGGAUAGCCUACUCUUCCAAAGUUAGACUAUAUUGGGCGAAUUCCUUGCUCGAUCUUUUCCGAGUCGACGACCGCCGAUGCCGAGUCGUAACAGCGAGUCCUGGCCGUUUGAGUAUAAAUGAGAAAAAUUUAAACAAAGAGUGAGAAUCCCGUAAACGAACGAAAUAAGCGAGCAUCGAAAAACUUCCACGUUGAAUAUGACGUCCAACUGUAGUCACUUGCAUUAUAAUGAUGCUAAUUUUGAUGACAUAAAACACAACUCCUUUCGAGGUACGGAUACUGAUGAUAACGAGACAACUGUCGAUUGCAUUUAUCAAUUUGUAAAAAAUAGCUACAGUUAUCAAGAUGACUCCAUUGAUUAUUGUAAUAAAUUUUGUACUACUAAUAUAAUUGGACCACCUGAGGAUUUAUGUUAUGAAUAUGUAAAAAAGACAUUUAGUGAUCAUGAGAUAUUGACCGCAUCUCGCACGAAUAUAGGUUUUGUGGCCGAUACAGGUUUAACAACCGAUAUAUGUUACAACAUUGAUAGUAUGUAUUAUGAUAGUACAGAUUAUGCAUAUUAUACUAUGGAGCUUAUAAUCGACCAAAUUUCUAUUGAUAUUGAGUAUCAUGUAGCUGUAUAUCCAAUCAGAAUCAGCAGAUAUGGAGCAUUUAAACUUAACGACAUAAUUCAAAUUUGGGCUCAAGAUUCUGACAAUCAGUGGUUCCUCUUGUGGAAUGAUUCAUGGACAAAUCCUUCAGAGGAAAUGAAGCAAGAAAGAACAUUACUUUCUAUGCCUCUACAUCCGUGCAACUUUAAAACCAAAAUGCUCAGACUGGUAUUUGACCAUAGAUUAUUGGAGGAACACAAGCUAGAUGCUGUAAUGCUUACCGGAACAUCAGAAUUGAUCCUUCCUAAAAGACCUCAAACAAAAAGUUUGAAUAUUUUAUUAAGAGACAUUCAAUUCUACAACAAUUUUUCGACGGUUGUUCGGCAAAACGUUGGCGGUAUGCUAUGUCCCACCGAUAUGCUUACAUGGGUUCACGGCGAUAUAUUUGACCUUCUAGACAAUUUUCAUAAACAUGGCAUUAUCUGUAAAAGAAAUCUCAUAGUACAGAGUAUUUAUAAGGAUCAUCUUGCGCAUAAACAAGUAUCUCAUAAAGUCACCCCAGAUUAUAUACAAUCUCUUAAACAAAACUUAACAGUCAACGAUUAUUCUAAUUAUGAUAAAUUUAUGAAAGAUCUUAAAUCCUGUUGGGAUGAAUCUAAGAAAUCAUAUGACAGUUUCUCGAAGCUUUGUGAUGAAACAAUUUUAAAUAUAUUAAAAAAUUUAGACUUGAGGUCAUUAUGUCGCGUAGGUAGAGUAAAUAAACGGUUAAAUAAUUUAACACGUGAUCCUUUCCUUUACACAAGCUUGAACGUACGGAAUAUACAUUUUACAUAUUGGCGCUCUAAUCUUUGGUAUAAAUUUGAUUACUUUGCCCACAGAUGUAAAUAUUUAAAACAAUUAGAUCUGUCUUUUUGUGACAUUCCAGUUCUGAAAUUUAAUAUGUUUAUUAAUACUUGCGGCAAGCAUUUAACGCAUUUAAACUUAUAUUGUUGCCGAUAUGUUGACGACUCUGUUCUACUUCAAAUUUCUAAGACGUGUCAAAUUUUAAAAGAAUUGGAUUUAAGUAAUUGUCAUCUCGUAAAUGAUAAAGGAUUUUCUUAUCUUGAAAAUCUGAAGUAUUUGGAGCGUUUACAUCUUCAGGAGUUACGAAGUAUACAAACUAAAACUCUUUGCAAAAUGCUGCAAAGAAAUCAACAGCUACGUGACUUAAAUUUAGCAUACACAUCUUUAUACAUAGACGAUGUCACAAUGGAAUUAAAAAAUUCAUGUCCAAAUUUGGAAACGAUAAAUUUAAAAAUGGCAAGAAUUACAUCAAAAAGUAUUUAUGCUCUUGCUGAUUGCAAGAAUCUACGAGAAAUAGAUUUUGGUUUGGCUUACAUGGAAAUGGAAGAAAAUCAGGAAGAUCUAGAAAAGAGCUUUCAUAGAUUGUUUUCUUCUCUGCGCUUAGAAAAACUCGACAUAACCGACAUUAUGCUUACUUACAGUAUUUUGGAAAGUUUAAUAAUGCUGUGCAAAAACUUAAAAAGCUUAACGUCUCACGGACGUACUGCGAAAUCUGACUCCAACAUUUUCCAGUGUCCUAAACUAGAGAAAAUUAUAGAUAAUGAUUACUACAAAUGGCGUCUUAAUGAUAACUGGUCUAUUAUAUGGGACUGUUUUUCUCAGUCUGCAUCACUUAUGGAGAAUCAAGAAUGAAAAAAUUUGACUAUCUCUAACAUAAACAAAGAUCUCAAGAAUAAUCUCUAAAAACAAAGGGGCUAUAAAAAUUGUUUUUUUUAAUCGUUUUCAAAAGAUUGAUUAAUUUAUUGACGUCAGAAAUAACAUCAAAAUCAAUCUUUCAAUAGUAGCUGUAAUAUGUUUAAAUUCUGAGACCUAUGUAUGGCGUAAAUUAUAUCGUGAUUGGUUUAUUAAUCAUUUAUAUCAUUUAAUUUAUUUAAAAUAUUUUUUAGCGCUGUUUCCUGAUUACGUUUUUAAUUGCUUAUUGUGAAUCUAUAUUAUAUGUAGUAUUAUAUGUGAAUAUUAAAUAUUAUAUGGAGUAUAUGUAGAUAUUAUGAAAGCUUCUUGAAUGACAAACUGGCCUUGCGUGUGUGUGUGUGUGUGUGUGUGUCUUCUAAUCUUUGCAAAAUAAAGCAAGUGAAUUUUUUUGCCCAAGAAAUCUCGGGACUCUAGGAUUGAGUAUACCAUUAUUUAUCACAAUUAAAAGCUAAUCCAUUUAAAAGCUUGCAUUAAUGUUAUACAAUAAAAUUAUUAUUAGAUUUUUUAUUAUGAUUUUAGUUUAUGGAAUAUUAUAACCGAAAGUGAAUUUGACAGUUAACAUCAAAUUUUGGAUAAGCUUAAUAGAACCGCGACAUUAGCGUGAUAAAGUUUGCGUCACACGGCACGAUUCCUUUAUGUACUUAGCGUGAUAUUUGAAUGAAUCCUAUUAACUAUAAUUGAAUACAAAUUAGUUUGUUGUGUUACGAGUGCGGUAGGUCAACUAUUUCCUGCGAGUUCGGGAGCAGACGCACGAGACGAAGAUGAGCGACUCGUAGCAUAGUCAUAGUAUUCAUUUUUUGUUAAAUUGUAUACUCAAAUGUACUGAUGACAUCAGUUUUUCAAUCGUUUGUUUUAUUCAUA